AGGAGCGAGAGAAAGGCAGGAUGAGUUGUGUUUUAUUUAUUUUUGGUUACCAUUUAAUAACAAAAGAAUUGCUUGCAAGAAAAGAAACAGAGGGAGCCGCCUUCGUUGAAUUUUCAACCGCUGACUGAAGCUGAGGAGGGCAGAGGCAGAGAGGGCUUUGUUUCUUACGGUCAGCGACUAUGUCAUUUCUAAAACGCAAACAAAUGUUAUGCAAUGCGACAGUCGCUUUCUCCUUCGCCUUCUUCACCUUCUCCUCUUUCCCCGACUUUGACUUGUUGUCAAUUAGUAUCAUCCACUCCCAUUACAUCUGUCCCCAAUUUCAACACAGAUCUUUUAACUCCUAUGUUUCGUAUUGGUAUUUGGUAGCUCCUUUUGCAGAAACUGUCAUCCAAUCGACGCCUUCCCCUUGGCCUUUGAUUCUCUUCUUCGGCUGCCUCCUUUUUCAGUCAGAAUCAGCCAGAGAAGAGAGAGAGCUCCAGCACCGCAACCCCAGAUUCAAUGGGGAUCCACCUUGUUUAUGCUUCCAAAUAUGUUCUAUUCUCAGCUCUCGCUAUUCUUCUCAUGCUCGCAACUUCGACUAUGGGAAAGCCAAGAGAUCAAACUGUCAGAGUGAUUUGCGGGAAGGAACUCGAGCACAAUACCACAGCCUACGUCCCAAAUUUUUUUGGGUCCAUGGAAAAAGUACGACAGCAAAUCGGAACUUCGGGAUUUGGGACGGCUGGUACGGGAACAGGACCUGAUGCCAGCUAUGGGCUCGCCCAAUGCCAUGAAGAUCUCUCGUCCCACGAAUGUGUGCUGUGUCAUUCUCAAGCACGCACAGUGCUUCCUCAAUGCUUCCCUUUCAACGGCGGCCGAGCAUUCAUCGAUGGCUGCUUCCUGAGGUUUGAAAACUAUACCUUUUUUGACGAGUAUAAAGGCCCCGAAGAUGCUGCAGUUUGCGGGAACUUGACCCAAAAGGACCCCAGGUAUGACCAAGCGGCCAGGGAGGCGGUGAUGCAAGUGGUCAGCACUGCACCGGGCAAACGAGGCUUUGCAAAAGCUCGAGUGGCUGUGGCUGUGGCCGGGAUGGCAAACGAGUCCAUGUCCACGGCUUAUGCGCUGGGUCAGUGCUGGAGAAGUUUAAACAGCAGCUCUUGCACCGUAUGCUUGCAAAAUGCUUCUGCUUCAAUGUUACGAUGUUUACCUCGCUCGGAAGGGCGAGCAUUAAACACAGGCUGCUUCAUGAGAUACUCGAACACAGACUUCCUCAAUAAGGACAUCAAAAAUAGUUCCAGGGGUGGAACUCGAACCUUAUUGAUUGUUUCAAUCUUGAGUUCUGUUGUCGUUUUGAUAAUCGGAGUGGCGAUUGGUGCUUUUAUCUGGAAGCAUAGAUACGUACAAAAGAAAAGAAAAGGAGGUUCAACUGAUGUGAAGAAGUUGGCAAAAACUCUUCAAGAUAGUAACUUGAACUUCAAGUACUCAACCCUUGAAAAAGCUACCAACAAUUUCAGCCUUGAUAACAAGAUUGGACAAGGGGGGUUUGGCACUGUUUAUAAGGGAGCUCUACCUGACGGAAGAGAGAUUGCUGUCAAGAGAUUCUUCUUCAAUAACAGGCAUCGAGCAGCAGAUUUCUACAAUGAAGUAAACAUGAUCAGCAGUGUCGAACAUAAAAAUCUGGUGAGGUUGCUAGGAUGCAGUUGUUCUGGACCUGAAAGCCUACUUGUUUACGAAUUCCUACCUAACAAGAGUCUCGAUCGCUUCAUCUUCGAUACCAGUAACAGUAAAGCUCUUGAUUGGGAUAAGAGAUAUAACAUCAUCAUCGGAACAGUUGAAGGUUUAAUAUAUCUACAUGAAAAUCCAAAGAUCAAGAUCAUACACAGAGAUAUAAAGGCCAGUAAUAUCUUGCUCGAUCUAAAGCUCCAAGCAAAAAUAGCAGAUUUUGGACUAGCAAGGUCUUUCCAAGAAAACAAGAGUCAUAUUAGCACCGCCAUUGCAGGAACCCUAGGAUAUAUGGCUCCAGAGUAUCUAGCUUAUGGUCAAUUAACCGAAAAGGCUGAUGUCUAUAGUUUCGGCGUGCUUUUGUUAGAAAUUGUUGCUGGGGUUCAAUAUAAUGGCAUUCAAGUCUCAGGAAACCUUGAAAGUCUGGUCACUGCUAUGUGGAGACAUUUCCAAGCAGGCACGGUUGAGAGGCUAUUUGACCCAAAUCUCAAUCUUCAGAAUCACUACAACAAGAAAGUAAAGGACGAGGUAAUGAGAGUGGUGCACGUAGGGCUCUUAUGCAUCCAGGAGAUUUCAUCUCUACGACCAACAAUGUCGAAAGUACUACGAAUGCUGACCAUGGAGGAGGAAGAGCACCUUCCUCCACCCACCAAACCACCCUUCAUGGAUGAGAUGACCAUGGAACUUGAUGACUCAUGCAAGGACUCACGAUAUUAUUCUAAUACACAGGGCUCUUAUUCAACUGCCACAGUCAGCCAUAGUUCUUUUCAACCCAGAUGACCACCAUUAACUAAGGAACCCUUCCACCUUUCUAACCUACACACCCCCAAGAACGGGAAGUGGGUUGCAUUCCUCGCAUAAAUGGUUAGUCUCUUGAGCCACGAAGACAAUGGAUACACAUACACUUACCAGAGGCCAGAGGGUAUGCGACCACGAUGCUUUUCAAACAAACCAGAAUUUGUAGAUAUGGUGAAGAGGAGUUGAACUUUACACGUGGUUUGAUUUUGGGUUAGCUUCUCAAACUCUAUUAUGUAUACAUCCACUUAGUUAAGCUUCAAUUCAAUGUUUAUUACCAGAGUUAGGCAGAGUGGUAAAAGAUACUCUGAAUUCAACCGAGAGUUUAUAAUUCAAAAUCCUCAUUAGCCUUUCAAUCUGGGA